CUUCCGGGAGCUGCUUGAGGUUUCUAAAUGGAGAAGAGCUUCGUGCCAACAGGAGAGGAAGCAGAGAAGAAUUGCUCCAGCAACUGGAAAGCUCACCACAUACAACACAAAGCAAACACUUUGCUCUCCCAAAUAGACGGAAAGAGAACCUUGUCCACUCCACUGUUCAGGGGUAAGCAGACAGCGGAGAAACGAAAGAGGAAGCCGGAUGUCUCAGCAGCAAAGAGUCCUGUGGCACCUUAUAGACUAACAGACGUGUAGGAGCAUGAGCUUUCAUGGGUGAAUACCCAUUUGUCUCAGACUCCCUCAACCCCUGAUGUUCUAAGGAACAGUGGAAUGUGCUGAUAGCAUUUUACUUCUUUGAAACAGUGACUGAAGAGAAAGGGGAUUCUGAAACCUCUUCAAAAAGAGCUCACUUUGGCUCUGCUGGCCACGCCUCAAAAAUCUGCCUUCUUUGCACAGGAGAGAGUAGAGGCAGGCAGUUCUUGAGAAAUGGUCAGCCUUAGAUUCAAGAGUUUCCAGGAAUAAGCAAAGAAUAGGACACAUGGAACCCGAGCUUAAAAGAACAAAGGAUGUCCAAACUCACAUAUUCACUUAGCGAAAGCAGUUCUUAGCAGGAGAAGAAAUUAGAUGCACUUGGGAACCAAGACAGGGUUCAAAAUAUCCCUAUCCUUAAUACAUCAGUGAUACUGAUUCUGAGGCCAGGGAAAAACUCAACCCUGAACUCCUGAAAUUGGACACUAUGGGUAAAAUCCUGUCCCUAUUGAAAUCAAAAGUUAAACUCUCACGGACUUCAAUGGGGCCAGAAUUUCACCAUACAUUUUAUACACACCCACCCACCCACAUUAUAUGAAAUAUACACAUAUUCUAUAUCACAUGGGCUCGCUGUUGCACACGAAGAAAAAAAAAGUGGAAGGCAGUGUAAGCACAUUGUGACUGUUGGGAAGACAUGCUGUGGUGGUGUUCAUUUUGGCCAAUGCAAGAUGCGGAUAGCGAGGUAGCUUGGGGAGAGUUGGACAUUGGUAUUGUCCUGAAAUUCCUGGAAGAAGGGAUUAACCUGAACAUUGUUUGAGCAUCUCAUUUCAGGACUGGUACAAAUGUGCAAGUAAAGCAAGUUACAAUUAGAAUAAACCUAGACUCAGCGCCACUGAUUUUCUCCUCCACCGGGAAGCCACAAAUAGAAUAUGGAGAUGGAUUAUAGGGUCCCUACAUGCAAAAAACCCAGGAAGACAGGCAAUUGAGGCAAUGCAAAUCCUGCCAUCAGACAUGCCCAGCUUCCCACACUGGAUAUAGAAUCAUAGAAAUGUAGGACUGGGAGGGACCUGGAGCAGGGGCCUUGGAACAAUUUUUAUAGCGGGGGUGCUGAGAGCCAGUGAACAAAAUCGCAAACUCUGUAUAUGCUGGAAAGCACUUCAAACCAGGGAGUGCUGCCGCACCCCAUCACCCCUAGCUCCAGCCCGCCCUCCCCCCCCCGAUCUGGAGAGGUCAUCAAGUCCAGCUCCCUGUUCUGAGGCAGGGCCAAGUAAACCUAGACAAUCCUUGAUAGGUGUUUGUCCAACCUGUUCUUAAAAACCUCCAGUGAUGGGAAUUCCACAACCUCUCUUGGGCCUGGUCUACACUAUGAGUUUAAUUCGAAUUUAGCAACGUUAAAUCGAAUUAACCCUGCACCCGUCCACACAACGAAGCCAUUUAUUUCAAAAUAAAGGGCUCUUAAAAUUGAUUUCUGUACUCCUCCCCGACAAACGGAGUAGCGCCAAAAUCGAUAUUGUCAUUUCGAAUUAGGGUUAGUGUGGCCGCAAUUCGAUGGUAUUGGCCUCCGGGAGCUAUCCCACAGUGCACCAUUGUGACCGCUCUGGACAGCAAUCUGAACUCGGAUGCACUGGCCAGGUAGACAGGAAAAGCCCCGUGAACAUUUGAAUUUUAUUUCCUGUUUGCCCAGCGUGGAGAGCACAGGUGACCACAGAGAGCUCAUCAGCACAGGUAACCAUGCAGGCCGAUAAUCGAAAAAGAGCACCAGCAUGGAUCAUACGGGAGGUACUGGAUCUGAUCGCUAUAUGGGGAGAGGAUUCAGUGCUAGCACAACUUUGUUCGAAAAGACAAAAUGCCAAAACUUUUGAAAAAAUCUCCAAGGGCAUGAAGGAGAGAGGCCACAAUAGGGACUCAGAUCAGUGCCGCGUGAAAGUCGAGGAGCUCAGACAAGCCUAUCAAAAAACAAAGGAGGCAAACAGUCGCUCCGGGUCAGAGCCGCGGACAUGCCGCUUCUACGCCGAGCUGCAUGCAAUUCUAGGGGGGGCCGCCACCACUACUCCACCUCUGACUGUGGAUUCCGAGGCAGGGGUAAUCUCAUCAGCCACACCUGAGGAUUCUGCAGACGGGGAAGAGGAGGAGGAGGACGACGAGCUUGUGGAGAGCACACAGCACUCCGUUCUUCCCAACAGCCAGGAUCUUUUUCUCAGCCUGACUGAAGUAUCCUCCCAAGCCAGUAUCCAAGACCAUGACCCAAUAGAAGGGACCUCAGCAGCUGCAAAUUUUUCAAGCCUCCCUCCUCUGUCCCGAAGGCUAUCUCAGAUAAGGCGUCGGAAAAAGAGGACGCAAGAUGAGAUGUUUGCGGAAAUCAUGGAAUCCACCCACAGUGAAAGAGUUCAUCUGAAUGAGUGGAAGGACACGGUUUCAAAGUAUAGGAAAGAUGCCAGUGAACGUGAGGACAGGAGGGACCAACGUGAGGACAGGCGGGACCAAUGUGAGGACAGGCGGGACGCUCGAGAUGAGAGGUGGCGGCAGGAUGCAAUGCUGGGGCUGCUGUGUGAGCAAACAGACAUGCUCCAGCAUCUGGUGGAGCUUCAGGAAUGGCAGCAGGAUCACAGACUGGCGCUACAGCCCCUGUAUAACCCCCCUCCCUCCUCACCAUGUUCCAUAGCCUCCUCACCCAGACGUGUAAGAACGCGGGCGGGGAGGCUCCGUGCACCCUCCCAUUCCACCCCAGUGGACAGCCCAAGCAAAAGGCUGUCAUUUUUUUAACCUUUUUUUAGUGGCCUUUUCCUUCCCUCUGAUCCUCCUC